UUGCCAUGGUUGUCGCUAACUUGUGUAGCUUUUCAAAGCACACAGUGUGCUAGUGCUAACUCCUGUCUGCCAGCGGUGGUCUGCCCUCCUCUCUCACUUCUGCCCGGGUCUGGGGUCGUGAAUAAUCCCCUUUCAGCCUGUCGUUUGUCAGCACCUGGUGGCCUUUGGACGAGGACGGUGAGAAACCUUCAAUUAAGCUUAAUUUAUAUUCAAAGUGAGACGUCCAGCUUUACCUGUAUGUGCCUGAGAGUCUGACCCACGUCUGUUCGAUGGCUACCUCAGGCUCCACCUUUUCUGCCUCCACCGCCGCCACCGUGCCUGAGGGUUUCCAUUAUGAAACCAAGUUUAUUGUGCUCAACUACCUGGGAAUGCUGCCUGUUGGUAGAUCACAGGCACAAACAGCAAGUGAAGGAGAAGCCCAGACGGAGAGAGAGAGGACAUCAGUGAUAAAGGAGCAGAUAGAGGACCAACUGAGACAACUGGAAGAUGAAAUCGCUGCCUCCGUUUCCACAACAGGCUUCGACCAGCACACAUCUCCAGUGUUCUAUCCUGUCAACCCUGAGACCUCGAUUGAAGACUGUCUGGCUGCAGUGGGAGACCGGGUGGCCAGAGACCUCGACACACACCUGGCAGCAGCCGUACACACACUCCUGGCAGGAAGCCUGAACUUCCAGAGAUUCAGAGACACAACAUUUGAUCUCUCAGCACACACACAGGGAGGCUGGAGCAAGGUGUUAGUACCUUUGGUAUUGCUCCAGGCUUUACAAAGCGAGGGACAUUCACUUACAACUCUGUUAGAUCUCGUUCGCUUCCUGGAGGAAGAUGAAGCUGGCUUCAUCAUCCAGCAGGGGGGAUGGGGGGAAAUAUUCAGCCUCGAGUCGGAGGAGGCGCGAGGUGUGACCAUCGCUGAAGACAGCAACGACAUUUACAUCCUCUCAGGAGAGCAGCAUCCCGACCAGCUCAGCCCCCCCUCCUCGCUGCUCUGCACAGGAGACAACAGCAGCGGGCAGAGCUCCUGGCAGACGGAAAGCUUACCUGUGUCUCUGGCCGGCCACGAGUCGUGGGCACAGGUCGUUGCGAUGGACCCCGAAGACGUGAAGAGCCUGGACAGCAACGAGGGCGUCGCUCUGGCCGAGGAGCGCAGCGAGAACAACUCGUCCAACUCGGACAUUGUCCACGUGGAGCGCGAGGAGGCCGAGCUCCUGGAGGAAGGCGGAGAAGUGGGAGCGAUAGAUGACAGCAUGAUGAGCGUUUUAGGCACAGAGAGCGAUCUGGCCGAGCUCAGGGAAGAAUUCAGGGACCAGACUCCUCCAGUUCCAGAGCCAGCCGAGCUGGACUCCACCGCCCCGGCUUCCCUGCUUUCAUUAGAGGAGCCGGUCGUCAUAGAGACCCCUACAAUCUUGUCGGCAGAGCCCUCCCUCACCUCCUCAGAACCAGAGCUGCUCCCUCCAGUCCAAGAAUCUGCAGCCCCCCCUACCUCUGAGCCAGAACCAGCAGCACCUUUAUCUGUUCCUGCAGUAGAACCAGAGCCUGAGCCAGAACCAGCUGCUGCCGCUGCCCCAGUGCUCGCUGAGGUAGCGCCCCCGUCUCUAGCCAAGGAAACCCCCGUUGUACCAGCAGAGCUUGAAGUCACCUCAGAACCAGCUCCUGAACCAGAGCCGGAGCCAGAGCCUGUCACAGUGCCUCCUCAGCCAGAACCAGACACUGCAGCAGGGCCAGAGGGCCUGCAGGCUGAACCUCCUGUCCCAGAGGCCCCUGCAGAGGAGCCCCCAGCGGCGUCAGAGCCAGACGCAGAGCUCCAGGGGCUGCUGUACGGAGGAGCUGCUCUGGUGGCCAUCUUCGCUGUUGUGGCGUACGGAGUCAUAAGCUACAGGAGGAAGUAGAAAAGCAUCCUACUCAAGAGAGGGAAAGCAGAAAACAUGAGGUUAAGAUAGAAAAUAAAAGUACCAGUACACACAUGGUGGGACUCUCUUUACAAAUUAUGUUGGAUAUCAUACAAGGCUGCAAUUAUUUUUUUUUUAAAUCUGUGAAAACACGACAUCACAGCAGGGAGUCCAGGCUGCUUCAGUGCACCGGCUGCAGACACAGAACGAGGGGACACACUCCACAGUUCUCCUCACUUUUGAUGUCUUCUCUUCUAAAUGUUUUGGGUUAACUUUCAUGUGUUUGAAUUCUUAAAAACUGCAGCUCACCAUUACCAACUGCUAAGAAGAGCGUGGACUUUAAUCCCGCCUCUGCUGGUUUCGGUUUUGGUUGUGUCAGUGGCUCUCUGUUCAGAUUUCAAACGUAGGUGAAGUGAUUCAAACAAACUGGACAACCCCUCCCUCAGCUAAAGUCUAAAGUCCACAUUAACUGUUGCUCUGUCUCCUUUGCAGUUAUGUUUUCUUUCUCCCCCUCCCUCCCUCCUCUCUCACUGUGAUGAUAAUCAAAAACUCUGAUAAACAAAACCCAAUGUGUCGUCUGCUGAUGAAUCCUGUGAUUUGAUUUCAUGAGUCAGACUUCUGACUCUAAGAGGGAUAUUACCUCAGGGUUGUAAAAUUUUAAACUUGAAUAUGAUACUAAUAAAAAUCUAAAGAAACUACAGCAGGGUAAUCAAAUUAAGCAGGCAAACUCCUGCACACUGUCUAAAUUGCACUAAUUCAAUGAAACUUUUCCAACGAAUGUGUGCAGUUCAGACAGUUUGCCCGCUGUUUUUGAUGCUUCAUUCGGCUCCUGUCUUCUGAAUUCGACGUACUUUAACUUUUGGUACAGACGUCCUGAGCAGACAAACAUCCAUACACUUUAUUUAACUCCGUUUUCCAAUGACAUCGAGUGAGUUUCGGUUGUUUUCUGGAGAUUUGGACUUACUUAUCCGUUAUCUCGGACACUAUCUCGAGGACUAAACGUUGCUUUUCCCUUAAUAACGACUUAACUUCUUCAUAUCUCAAAAAAAAAGGUUUUAAUGAGUCUUUACCUCGAGAAACUUAAAUGUAUUGUUUCAGCUCAGCGCUUUAGCUGUGUUGGUACUUUAACGAUAAAUCAUUAAAAUAAGAUUAUUCUUUACUGCACAAGUGAUUCGUGUCCCUUUUCAUGCAACAUAUUUGAGUUUUAAUUUGAAGAAAUGAUGUAUGUUAAUGUCCUGAGAUGAUCUUUGCAAUCGUCACACAUAAAUCUUUAAACACUUGUUAGGUCCAACACAGCUCUUCAAAACAGUAACCAGGAGUCUAGUCAUGAUGCAAUCAAUGUCUGUUCCCCAUUCACAGAACUGCUUUCAGUUUCAACCCACUGAGUCUUCACUUUUCAGGCCUCACAUUUUGUAUACCUUCAUGAAUGAAGAUGUUAUAAGAACUGUUUUUUAGAGUCGCUCCAGCAAGAACGGUUCAUAUUAGGGAUGUCAUGAUGCCAGAUUUUAAACUUAAAUACAAUACGAUUUCAAUACCACGGCAACAAAAACCGAAGUCUGAAUACUCUGUUAUUUAUUGUUUUUGAAAAACUAUGGUUUAAAUUGCACAAAAAUAUGUUGGCAACAAUCUUAUUUGUGCAAUUUAGACAGUGUGCCUGCCAUUUUGAUGAAUUCAUCUCCAACGCACCACAUGGUAUCAGAGUAUCAAACAUUUUGAAAACCUCUUGAGGAUUAAAACUACAUUUAUGCAUGACUACAUCUCCCAGCUGCAUAAACUUCAGCAUUCACCAUCAAGCAAAUCAUCAGGGAGCAGCCGUUUAGUUUCCACAGAAUGAAAACCCCUCACUGGAAUUUCCCCCGGCCUUCCCCACAUUAAAUUAGAUUUUUUUAAAGUGUGUUUUUCUCCCGUUUAAGGAAUCAUCUCCCGGAGUUUAUCCGUAUGAGUUAGUAAUUAAAAACCGCCUCACCACUUCAAUAUUUGUAUUAUGUUUUGAGGAACGUGGGGAUGCAUCACCGUGAAAAUUCAUGAAAAUAUUUGAUGCAGAAGGGAUGUUUCCAUGUAGAGGUAGUGACACACGAGGACUCUGUUCCUGCUUUAAAGGGGAACAGUUCAGAGCAGGACAGAUGUGAGAAGGUCCCAAACAUGACAUUUUGUACCCUGAGUUUCCUACAGCUCUGUUUGAGAUGAGAAUAAAAGAUUGAAAUAUU